AUCAGAUGAAGGAUGGGAAGAUAAAGAAUGACAAUUCAGAUUAUUUAGUUUAAGAUGUUAUUUAGUUUAAUUUAGAGUUAGCAGCUAACCCUUGGCAAUCCAAAUAGGAUUAAAUAUGACAUGUAUACAAGUCGGGUUUCACCGCUGACCCGCCGUGGCAAAUUGCAGACGGACUGAAAGUUGAUGGUUUUAAAAACAAAUUCGAAGUUAGUGGAGAAAAUCGGAAUUUGAGGAAAGUUCGUGGUUUUAAGGCAAAAAACCCUUAAAUUAUUUUAUGGAAGCUUCUAGAGCUCUAUUCAGACAGAGCGAACGUAACCACACAUGCAUAAAAGAAUUCAGAUUAUAUAAAGGCCAAGAAUUGAAAUGAUAUGUUUAAUUUUUUAUAUUUAGUCUUCUCUGUUGACCUCCAUAAUCUUCAAUAGAAUCUUAGAAUCAACGGAGAAGAAAACAACAAAAUUCAAUCUAAUCUAAUUGCAAUCGCGCCAGAUCUAACUGCCUCGUUCUUUUUCUAUUUCAAUUUUUUUUUCAGCAUUGGUUGCUUGUUGCACUAAUCUGCUCGUGAGAUUUCUCUGUUUUAGGAAUUACAGAGUUUCUCGCACUGCAAUCCGCCAGUUCUGCAGAUAUGCAGAGCCAAGUGGUGUGUAGUGGGUGUAGAACCUUCCUUCUUUACCCUAGCGGAGCUACAAACGUUUGCUGUGCGAUUUGCAAUGUGGUCAAUUCUGUGCCACCACCUGGGAUGGAAAUGGCUCAGCUGAUAUGUGGAGGUUGCCGCACCUUGCUUAUGCAUGCUCGUGGAGCAACCAGUGUUAGGUGUUCCUGCUGUCACACUGUAAAUCUUGUGCCAGCUGUCUCACCUCCUAGUAAUGUUGCUCAUGUGAACUGUGGAAAUUGCCAUACAAUGCUGAUGUAUCAUGCUGGAGCACCAUCAGUAAAAUGUGCUAUUUGUCACUUCAUCACCACUGUUAAUAUGGGCGACACGAGUGUUCCCGUUCCUGUAAAUAUACCUGCAGGGAAUUCCAAUUCUGCACCAGCACACUCUACCUCUACAGUGACAACAGCCGAUUCUCAUAAUCAAACGGUAGUGGUGCAGAACCCCAUGACCCUCGAUGAAAGCGGCAACUUGGUGACCAAUGUCGUCGUUGGCAUCACAACAUAAGGUGCAUCGGAAGCUAAGCUGGCUAAAAAAACAAGCAUAGAGGGUACUAAGUACCAGAUGAAAACUGGACUGUUGUGGCUAUGAUUAAUUUUUCUGCUUUCAUAAUACUUAUAAUUAUUUGAUAUGAAUUGAUAUACCAAUGAUCAACAAAUGGUUUAGGGGUAACCCCAUCAAGAUACAAAUACUAAUAUUUUCUAGA